AUGCGUAAGGCUAGUAAUCGGGAUGCUCGGUCCAGGAAAAAAAGCAGCACCCUCAGCGUCAGCCGCCGCUCUAGGGCCGAGCUCCGUGACUCGCUCAGCGGCUGCGGCGCUGCAGGGCCGCGGAGCGCUCCGGCGGAGGGCAGGGCUCUUCCCCUCCUCCCCACAGAGCCACCGGGAGCCGCGGCGCCGAGAGCCGGACCGGCGCAGCCCCGGGGGCCGAUCCCGGCACAGCCCCGGGGGCCGGACCGGCGCAGCCCAGGAGCCGAUCCCGGCGCAGCCCCGGGGGCCGAUCCCGGCACAGCCCCGGGGGCCGGACCGGCGCAGCCCAGGAGCCGAUCUCGGCACAGCCCCGGGGGCCGGACCAGCGCAGUCCAGGAACCGAUCCCGGCGCAGCCCCGGGGGCCGGACCGGCGCAGCCCCGGGGGCCGGACCGGCGCAGCCCCGGGAGCCGGACCGGCACAGCCCCGGGAGCCGAUCCCGGCGCAGCCCCGGGAGCCGGACCGGCACAGCCCCGGGGGCCGAUCCCGGCGCAGCCCAGGAGCCGAUCCCGGCACAGCCCCGGGGGCCGGACCGGCGCAGCCCAGGAGCCGAUCCCGGCGCAGCCCCGGGGGCCGGACCGGCGCAGCCCCGGGGGCCGGACCGGCGCAGCCCCGGGGGCCGGACCGGCGCAGCCCCGGGAGCCGAUCCCGGCGCAGCCCCGGGGGCCGGACCGGCGCAGCCUCGGGGGCCGAUCUCGGCACAGCCCCGGGGCCCGGACCGGCGCAGCCCCGGGGGCCGGACCGGCGCAGCCCCGGCGGGCCCGGGGCGGCGCAGCCCCGGCGGGCGCGGGGCGGCGCUGCUGCCUGCGGCCGGCAGGGGGCGCGCGGGGGCAGCGCCGCGCCCGCCCCGCCCGAGCGCCGAGCUCUGAGGGAGCCGCGGGCAGGGCGAAGGGAAGUCCCCGCCGUGGGCGAAGCAAUGCCUGUGUCCACGGCGUGUGCGCCCUGCUCAGAGCAGCACGGCCCCUAUGGGACGGAGGAAACCUCUUUCCUCGGGCGCGCUGGGAGUGCCGGAGGAAGGCUGGGCGGGCAGGCACGCUGCGCUCGGGCAGCGGGAGCUGCGCCUGCAGAGAGGGGGCGAGCUGCGUCCUGCCGCUCGCCGCUGGCCGCACACACGCGGGGAGACCAGAGACCGUCCGGACAGAAGUUUUUAGGGGGAUUUAUUUUCACCACACCCCCACAAACCCAUGGGGAGAUGAGGCCGGGCAGCGCGUGA